UUGACAUUUCACGACCCUAAAAGAUUGAUUGACUGAGUAGAGAACAUGGCGAAACCCUCGAGAGCGAAGUCGUCGUCGGAGUCUCUGUCGGACGGCUCGGAUGACGAGCGGGCCAACGAUCAAGUCAACGAGGAGGAAGACGAGGAGGAGCUCGAGGCCGUCGAGGAGGAGGAAGAAGACGCCAACGACGAGGCCACUGCAGCUGGCGACAAAGAGGUUGAGGAAGAGAAUGCUGCAGCUAAUGAAAUUGGAAAGAGAGAAAAGGCCAGAUUGAAAGAUAUGCAGAAGCUUAAAAAGCAGAAGAUACAGGACAUAUUGGAUGCGCAAAAUGCAGCUAUUGAUGCUGACAUGAACAACAAGGGGAAGGGACGUCUGAAGUACCUCCUGCAGCAAACUGAGAUAUUCUCUCAUUUUGCAAGCGGUGAUCAGUCUUCUUCCCAGAAGACAAAGGGCAGGGGUCGCCAUGCUUCAAGAGUAACUGAAGAGGAAGAGGAUGAAGAAUAUCUCAAAGAGGAAGAAGAUGGGCUGGGAAAUACACGACUUGUGGCACAACCAUCUUAAUAAGGAGUUACAGUAAAAAAUUCUUCAGUCAGGAAGUGUUCCGGAAAGUG